GGCCGCUAUGAGCAGAAGCAUAUGUUGGGUAAAGGCAACUUUGGUGAAGUAUGGCUAGCAGUAGAAAAGUCGACAAAGAAACAGGUGGCUGUAAAGGUGCUGAAGAAAAAGAACUUCAAGACCGAAGACCAGAUCAAACAUGCCCAGAAUGAGAUGGAAAUCUGCAAAGGAUUUGUAAAGAGCUUGGGCCAUAAGAACAUCGUCAAGGUAUACGAGGUUGAUUCUGACAGCGACUAUAUCUAUAUUGUCAUGGAGUGUGUCAAGGGAGGCGAACUCUUUGACAAAAUCAAGAAAUAUGGUCGCAUCAAGGAAAUCGAUGUCCAGAAAUGGUUCAGGCAGCUAAUCGAAGCAAUGGAGUAUAUUCACAAGAAUGGCAUUGUUCACAGAGAUUUAAAGCCUGAAAAUGUCUUAUUGGACGAGUUCAACAACAUCCGGGUCUGUGAUUUUGGGUUUGGGAAAAAAUGCAAGGAGCUCGAAUUGCUGGAAAUCUAUUGCGGAAGUCCAUACUAUGCCGCCCCCGAGAUGGUCUCCUCGACACCUUACAGAGGUCCUCCGGCAGACAUGUGGAGCUGUGGUGUGAUGCUCUUUGCCAUGUUGACCGGACACCUGCCAUUCCACAGCAGCAAUCCGUCCGAACUGUUCCGCAAGAUCAGAACCGGCCCAUACUCUCUUCCGCGCUACGUGUCUGCCGAGGCAUCCCAGUUGAUCGCCAUGCUGCUGGUCAAAGAUCCCGACGCCCGAAUGACGGCCAACGAGUGUCUUGGCCACCCUUGGUUCUCUCGG